GAUAGUCGAACUGUUUUUAUGAAACACGGGAAAUGUGGUAAAGGUCGCUGCUUCGCAUGGAACCGCUAGGUUGCAGAGGUUUUUCCAUCCAUUGAGUUCUGUGAGGAACUGCAGGACUCGGCACCAUGCCGCUGUCGGACUUCUUGGACGGCCUGAAGGACAACCCGUACUUUGGAGCCGGGUUCGGAUUAGUGGGGGUCGGAACGGCGCUGGCUGUAGCCAGGAAGGGAGCCCAGGUGGGGAUGAUCUUUUUCCGUAGGAACUACAUGAUCACCCUGGAGGUUCCCAGUAGAGACAAGAGCUACCACUGGCUGCUGAGCUGGAUCACCAAGCACGCCACGCACACGCAGCACCUCAGCGUGGAGACCUCCUACCUGGCACAUGAGAGUGGACGGGUCCACACGCAGUUUGACUUCCACCCGAGUCCUGGAAACCACAUCAUCUGGUAUAAGAGGAAGUGGAUCCGAGUGGAGCGGACCAGGGAGAAGCAGAUGGUGGAUCUUCACACUGGGACUCCAUGGGAGUCUGUCACGUUCACAGCUCUGGGGAGAGACAGACAAAUCUUCUUUAACAUCCUUCAAGAAGCACGGGAACUGGCCCUGAAACAGGAGGAAGGACGUACCGUGAUGUACACGGCCAUGGGCGGCGACUGGCGGCCCUUUGGGUUUCCAAGGCGACGGAGACCCCUCAGCUCUGUGGUCCUGGAGGCUGGUGUGGCAGAGAGGAUCGUGGACGAUGUGAAGGACUUCAUUGGAAAUCCAAAGUGGUACACAGACAGAGGAAUCCCCUACAGAAGAGGAUAUCUGCUGUACGGUCCACCAGGAUGUGGGAAGAGCAGCUUCAUCACGGCGCUGGCAGGUGAGCUUGGCUACAGCAUCUGUUUGAUGAGCCUGAGCGACAGAACGCUCUCGGACGACCGUCUGAACCACCUCCUGAGCGUGGCUCCGCAGCAGAGCAUCAUCCUGCUGGAGGAUGUGGACGCCGCCUUCGUCAGCAGGGACCUGCUCCCCACUGAGAACCCGAUGGCCUAUCAGGGAAUGGGAAGGUUGACCUUCAGCGGCCUGCUGAACUCCCUGGAUGGAGUUGCUUCAUCUGAGGCCAGAAUUGUUUUUAUGACUACCAACUUCAUAGACAGGUUGGACGCGGCGCUGAUCCGACCGGGCCGAGUCGACCUUAAACAAUACAUUGGGCACUGCACCGCCUGGCAGCUCACCCAGAUGUUCCGGCGGUUCUAUCCAGACACGCCGGCCUCAGAAGGCGAACGCUUCGCAGAGCGAGCGUUAGCCGCUCACUCUGAGAUCAGUGCCGCUCAGGUCCAAGGACACUUUCUGCUUCACAAAAAUGAUCCGGUUGGAUCGAUAGACAACGUGGCCCAAAUAAAGGGAUGAUGGACCUGGACGGGACUCAGAGACUGAUUACAGAAUAAAGAGAAUAUUUAAAAGGAAA